UCAAACGUUAUUACUCAGCAACAUAAACCCCGCCUGCUUACCAGGUCUCUCGCUGCAGUUGCUGCAGUUUGAUGAAAUGUUCCUGUUUGUAUCCUCAAGCUGACUGAGCUCCACCAUGAAUAUAUAACCAGAUAAGACAACGAGGGACACCAUGGAGCACGUUACGCAGUUUCUUCAGGGAGUGGAGCUGGACACCAAGAUAGCAGGGCUGCUGACAGUCGCUGCCUGCAGUGUGGGAGCUCUGGUGCUGCUGGUGCAGAAGGUCCACACACACCGGGAUGCGGAGGACAAGAUCCGCAGAGCCAGGCAGCACCGGGCGGACACCCUGCAGCGGGCGGAACAAGCUGUUCUCCAGUACAAGAAGACGAAUCCGGUGACCAACUCUGCCUUUAUCUUGUCGCUGUCCCUGUCUGAGUUGACAAACAAGCUGCAGGAUGGUUCACUGAGCCCUGAGGAAGUGUUUUACUGCUACAUGGAAAAGACUCUGGCUGUGAACAAAGAUCUGAACUGCUGCACAGGGAUCUUGUUGGAGAGUUUUGACCUGGUGAAAACAGUUGCCACCAAAAAGGAAGGUCUCUUGUAUGGAGUUCCAGUUAGCAUCAAAGAAAACAUUUCAUAUAAGAAUACAGACAGUUCUUGCGGUGUGAUCAUGUACCUGGACAAGCCUGCUCAGAAGGACGGCGUGCUUAUUGAAGUUCUGAAGAGACAAGGAGCCAUCCCCUUCGUGAAGACCAACGUGCCCCAAACGUUGCUAAAUUAUGAGUGCAGUAACCCCAUCUAUGGGCAGACCGUGAACCCCCACAACCUCAAGAAGACCUGCGGAGGUUCGUCUGGUGGGGAAGGGGCUCUCAUUGGAGGAGGGGGCUCCAUACUUGGUUUAGGCACUGACAUAGGAGGUAGCGUCCGUAUUCCUGCUGCAUUCUGCGGGAUCUGCGCCUUUAAGCCAACAGUAAGACGGCUAAGUGUAAAUGAUGUGAUCCCCCUCUAUCCAGGGCAAAAAGCAUUGCAAUCAAGUCCUGGACCCAUGGCGAGGGAUGUGGAAAGUCUGGCCCUGUGUAUGCAGGCUUUUCUUUGUGACCACAUGUUUUCUUUGGACGCCACUGUUCCACCCAUACCUUUUAAUAUGCAGAUGUACCAGAGUGCCGAACCUCUCAGGAUUGGUUACUUGGAAAACGACGGCUACUCAGAAGGGUCUCCAAGCAUGGUCAGAGCAGUCAGAGAGGUCAAAGUUCUGUUAGAGAAAGCAGGGCACACUUUGGUGCCCUACACUCCUCUGGAGAUGCCUUACGCUGUAAAUGAACUGAUGACAAGGGGUGCCUUUGCAGACGGAAUUACCACCUUUUUUGAAAAAAUGAAGGGGAGCCCAGUGGAUCCCGUCCUCAAAGCACAGUAUCAAGUUUACAAACUACCUAUAUGGUUGAAGAAGAUCCUCUCAUUUCUCAUCAAGCCCGUGAGUCCUCGUAUUUCUGCCAUCCUCAGUGCAUUGACUGGAGUUAGGUCUGUCGCAGAGGUGUGGAAGCAUCAUGCUGCUGUUGAGGACUACAUUCAGGCAACGAUAGCAAACUGGAGAAGAUACAACAUAGACGUGCUGCUGUGCCCUGUGAUCGGACCAGCCUACAACUUCUUGUAUUGCGCCAAGCUUAACUCUCUUCUUUCUUUCACGGCGUUUUACAACCUCCUCAAUUUUCCCGCUGGUGUUGUCCCUGUUUCCACGGUGACAGCAGAGGAUGAGGAGGAACUCAAGCACUAUAAGGGCAAUUUUCAGGACCUGUGGGACAGGUACUUCAAAAAGGCUGUGGCUGGAGGCGAGGGUCUGCCCAUAGCCGUGCAGUGUGUCGCCCUGCCGUGGCGGGAUGAGCUCUGCCUGCGCUUCAUGAGGGAGGUGGAACAAGUGGUCAAACAGAGCAAGAAGUGAAAACCCGGGGCCACAGGUGGGGCUGUUAACCUCAGGGGCCUCAGGUUAAAUUUGCCUUAACUACACAAACAAUAAGGCUAUCUCUAAAAUCAUAAUGAGAACGUACUGUUAAUGAUGAAAUAAUUCCACUGACCACAUUAAAACAAAAUGAAAUAUGAGUAAAAGUUAAAACAGUUAAUGUUGCUUUAGGAAAGGUUGUUGGGUUUUAAAAAACUAAUAUUUUGAGUUUCACUUUUCUGCUCGACAAGGAUGUACUCAGGUACUUCUGCUUUUUGGGUUUUUAGGGCCAUAAUAAAGAUUGAACUGUCAACUGUGAAACUGCUAAAAGGGCUCUAUGCGAAAUUCAGACUUGUCUGGACACGGUGCUCAACAUGGAGGUGGCUGCAGGCUAGCAGCUAACGGUACUAACUCCACAAACAGCACGUAAACACAGUAACAGUGCUGACAGAGCUAGCAGUGUUAACUAGGGGGAAAUCAAAGGAGGGGUGCUAUGCUUCCACAAUGACGCCAUCCCAAUAUCAGCAGUACCCGCCUUAUGAGUGCAGUGCAAAGUGGAAGCAAUGAGCCAGCCAGUGGGACACACACAUGCGCUAACAAGCACAUGCAGCCGGACCAGCUUACCACAGCAAACACAGUUUUUGAAGUGCUUUUUCCCACUGUAGAGUGAGUGACCAACGGACAGCUACUUGAGAGAGACAACAAAGUAGCUUGACAAUAUGGUCAAAGUCAAGUAUGACGCUGAAUGUAUUUAACCUUGAACAAAUGACCAAGGAGAAAUCUGGACCGGUUGGGAAGCACUGCUUUAGAAGAAUUUUAAUUUCUAAUCACCAUUAUUCAAAGAGGUUGUGCAGCCACAUACAAAAAAUGUUGACCAUUGGGAUUUUAUAGUGAAUAUGAAAGCUUUUUGUGUGAUGCGAUAACUGAGAUUUAAAUAAAGUUACUGAUUUCUCAUAAA